UGACACAAGGUCAACAAAGGUGCGUAUUUGGCCACAAUCAUAACGAAGGUGUUGAGAGUGUAUGAUCACAUGUAGAUUGUAGACAAGGUUGUUCAUCAAAAACAAACCCAUCAUAUAUGGUUGUGAACUCAUGAAGUCUCCCUUCCUCAAUCUCUUCUCCCACGCAAAUGAGAGAAAUUUAUUCAGAUGCGUGGCCAUUAUUUAUGAUCACGACCGCGCUGGCUGUUAUCUUCCUGCUUGCAAAUUUAGUGCUGACUAAGAAGGCAAGAAAAAGGAUCUGUAAGUUGCCGCCAGGAAGAAGAGGGUGGCCACUUCUGGGUGAUAGCAUCAGCUGGUACAAUGCCGUCGCAAGUUCUCAUCCCCCUCUGUAUGUUGAAGAACAAGUCAAAAGGUUUGGGAAGAUAUUUUCAUGUAGCCUAUUUGGGAAAUGGGCUGUGGUAUCUGCGGACCCAAGCUUUAAUCGGUUUGUGAUGCUGAACGAGGGCAAGCUGUUCCAGUCGAGCUAUCCAAAAUCGUUCAGAGAUUUGGUGGGCAAAAACGGGGUUAUCACUGUGCAAGGAGAGCAGCAGAGAAACCUUCAUGCGAUUGCUUCCAAUAUGAUGCGUUUAGACAAACUCAAGUCCCAUUUCUUAGAGGAUAUUCAAAAGGUUGUUCUUCAGACUCUGAGUCAUAUCCAAGACAAUCGGACCAUACUACUUCAGGAUGUUUGCAGAAAGCUGGCUAUUAAUCUUAUGGUCAAUCAACUUCUGGGAGUAUUGAGCGAAGCGCAAAUCAAUGAGAUGGCUCAACUCUUCUCCGACUUCGUUGAUGGUUGCCUGUCUGUUCCGAUCAACUGGCCAGGUUUUGCUUAUCACACUGCCAUGAAGGCGAGGGAGAAAAUCAUCAGCGAGAUAUUCAUAACAAUAGAAAAGCGCAAGCAAGAGGGAGCAUCAGAAGUUGGUAAUGGGGUGCUUGGAAGACUAUUGAUAGAAGAAAACCUAGCUGAUGAUGCCGUAGCAGACUUCAUCAUAAAUCUCCUCUUUGCUGGAAAUGAAACCACUGCUAAAACUAUGCUUUUUGCAGUGUAUUUCCUCACUCAAUGUCCUCGGGCAUUGACACAGCUUCGAGAUGAGCAAAACAGUGUCAGGCCUAACUCUGGAGAGGAAAUGCUAACCUGGCAAGAUUACAAAGCUAUGUCCUUCACUCAAUGCGUUAUUGAUGAAACGCUGCGGUUGGGAGGAAUUGCAAUUUGGUUAAUGAGGGAGGCAAAACAAGAUAUUACCUAUCAAGAUUUUGUCAUUCCCAAAGGAUGCUUUGUUGUUCCAUUUCUCUCAGCUGUUCACUUGGAUGAAAAUUUGUACAAGGGAGCUUUAUCUUUCGAUCCCUGGAGAUGGAUGGAUCCUAAAAAUGAGGAAAAGAGGAAUUGGAGAAGCAGCCCCUUUUAUUCGCCCUUCGGGGGAGGUGCUCGGUUUUGUCCUGGAGCAGAGUUGGCUCGUCUUCAAAUUGCUCUCUUUCUACACCAUUUUGUUAAUUCAUAUAGGUGGAUUCAACUCAAGCAAGAUCGAAUGUCUUUCUUUCCCUCAGCUCGGUUAGUGAAUGGCUUCCAAAUUCGUCCCAUCAAACGUCAUAAAUCAAAGCAGAAAGAGAAAGGGUAGCUAUUAUGUUAGUUAGUAUUUCAUUUUAUAUACUUGCUUCGCAGUUGUUUCAUGCAAUGAUAUUUUUAAAUGAUGUGCAAAUUUAAUUCCCUUUCAAUUAUAAGGUAUAUUUGUGUAA